UGCAUUACAUAACAACUCGUUUGACAAUUGCAUGGACCUCUAAAUGUCCAGAAGAAGUGCGAGCUCAUGUCGGACAGCCUUAACUCUGUGACACAGGUCUCCAUUGUCGCUUAGGGUCGAAUUUCCACUUUGGAUUCAAUCUAGAGUUCUGAUAGAUCUAAAGUUAGGUAAACAGUGUGGUAAACAGUACAGAAGUAGUUCUUCAAAUCCAGUCUCGAAACUGGAUCGACAGACAUACUUCAGCCCAUGCAUCUCCAAGACUGGUUUUCGACCAUCUAUCCAUCCAUCCAUCCAUUCCUUUAACAGCUCGAUUUAGGUUUACCAUUUGGGCGUUGGGCUUUCCAUUGGGCUUUGACCGUGCUCAUUAAACCCCCCCGACCGCUAUUCAUCAUGUCUGCUCAAGUGGUUUCGGGUCAAACCGCAGCGGCCGAACUCCGACAGAGCUUGGCGGCCAAAGUCCGGGAAAUCCAGGCCAAAGCGCCCGGAUUUCAACCCGCCUUAACCAUUGUUCAAGUAGGCGGGCGUGAGGACUCGAAUGUCUAUAUUCGAAUGAAAGUCAAGGCCGGCGAUGAAGUAGGCGUUCGUGUCAAUCAUCUCAAGCUUCCCCCGACAAUCACGGAGAGCGAAUUGUUGAACAAACUGUGCGCGCUGAACGACGAUCCCGGAGUGCAUGGAAUCAUCGUACAAAUGCCUUUGGACUGCCAAAGCCCAAUUGAUAGUCAUUUGAUCACCAACGCAGUUGUGCCCCAGAAAGAUGUGGAUGGACUUGGUUUGGUCAACCAAGGUCAGGUGGCUACCCAUGUCAGUGGAGACGGUUUUGUGCCUUGUACACCAGCCGGGUGUCUCCAUUUGAUUCGACUUUGCCGUUCGGAUUUGUCUGGACUGAAUGCUGUGGUUAUCGGUCGGAGUAAGAUUGUGGGCACUCCUGUGGCGGAACUACUCAAAUGGCAAAACGCCACGGUGACCGUGGUUCAUUCCAAGACGAACGAUUUAGCCGGUCAUGUCAAGCGAGCGGAUAUUUUAGUAGUGGCCAUGGGUCGACCCGAAUUAGUCCAAGGCGAUUGGAUCAAGCCUGGCGCCAUCGUGAUUGAUUGUGGGAUUAAUGCUAUUCCGGAUGCGUCCAAGAAGAGCGGCCAACGUCUGGUGGGUGAUGUCCAAUUUGAGGCCGCCUCUCAACGAGCCGCUUUCAUUACCCCGGUUCCUGGAGGGGUAGGACCCAUGACCGUGGCCUAUCUCAUGAACAAUACUUUUGUUGCCGCCAAACGAGCUUGGGAAAAGUCAGUCAUGUCCAAUUGGAGCUUGAGAUAUUUGCCUUUGAAUCCUGAAGACAAGGUUCCAUCGGAUAUUGAUAUUGCUCGGUCACAAACGGCCAAGGACAUUUCAAUCUUAGCCGAUGAGAUUGGCUUGGUCUCUUCGGAAGUGGAUCUUUACGGGAAGAAGAAGGCCAAGAUCUCUUUAGAUGUACUGAAAAGACUAAAAGAUCGUCAAAACGGAAAUUACGUAGUCGUCGCAGGCGUGACCCCGACAAACUUAGGCGAAGGCAAGAGCACGACAACCGUGGGUUUGGCUCAAGCUUUGGGAAGUCAGUCAAAAAAGAACGUGUUUGCUUGUAUUCGCCAACCGUCCCAAGGUCCAAUGUUCGGAAUGAAGGGUGGAGCAGCAGGAGGAGGAUAUUCUCAAGUCAUUCCGAUGGAAGAGUUCAACCUUCACUUGACCGGAGAUAACCACGCGGUCACGGCAGCUAACAACUUAUUAGCCGCUCAAAUUGAUACCAGGAUGUUCCACGAGCAAACUCAAACUCCCAAGGCUUUGUUUGACCGAUUGGUUCCCAGGAAAGGCGGAAAGCGAGUGUUUUGUGAUCAUCAGUUGCGAAGACUCGAGCGGUUGGGUAUCAAUAAGACAGAUCCUGACGACUUGGACGAGUCGGAGAGGGAUCGCUUCGCCGUUUUAGAUAUCGAUCCGGACACGAUCACUUGGCAGAGAGUGAUUGAUACCAAUGAUCGAAUGUUGAGAAAAAUCACUGUCGGACAAUCUGCCACGGAAGCGGGCAAAGGUGGAAAAACGAGAGAUACCCACUUCGAUAUAUCUGUGGGAAGCGAAAUUAUGGCCAUUUUGGCCUUGACCUCCGGUCUCCAAGAUAUGAAAGACCGUUUUGCGAGGAUUGUGGUUGCUUCGGAUAAGUCCGGUAAUCCUGUGACUGCCGAUGAUUUGGGCGUGGUUGGGGCCUUGGCAGUACUUAUGAAGGAUACGGUAAGGCCGAACUUGCUCCAAACCUUGGAAGGAACACCCGCAUUCGUUCAUGCUGGACCGUUUGCCAAUAUCGCCCAUGGAAAUUCGUCCAUUUUGGCUGAUCAAAUUGCUUUGAAAUUGGUGGGGAAAAGCGGAUUUGUCGUCACCGAGGCGGGCUUCGGAGCUGAUAUCGGCAUGGAGAAGUUCAUGAACAUCAAGUGUCGAACAUCUGGCCUUUCUCCCAACGCAGUUGUACUAGUGGCAACCAUCCGAGCCUUGAAAAUGCAUGGUGGAGGCCCAGAUGUGACGGCCUCGGGUCCAAUUCCGGAAGUAUAUUCGACUGAGAAUCUUCCUUUAGUAGAGCAAGGAUUCAGUAAUCUCAAGAAACAGAUUGAAAAUGCCAGGAAGUUCGGUGUCCCCGUGGUUGUUGCCAUCAACGUCUUCCAUUUUGAUAGUCAAAGCGAGUUGGACCUGGUGAAGCGUCUGUCCUUGGAAAACGGGGCCUUUGAUGCCGUUGAAUGUCGCCAUUUUGCUUUGGGAGGCAAAGGAGCAGCGGAUCUCGCUGAAGCCGUGGAUAGGGCUUGUAAAUCUCCCUCGGAGUUCAAGUUCUUGUACGAUUUGGAUUUGCCGAUUGACGAGAAGAUUGCCAUCAUUGCCAAGGAGAUCUAUGGCGCCGACGGAAUCGUGCUUCUGGAUGAAGCCAAGACGAAAUUGGAACGCUACACCCGACAAGGAUUUGGAAAUCUACCUAUUUGCAUGGCCAAGACUCAUCGAUCUCUGACUGGAGAUGAGAAGCUAAAAGGAGCUCCAACCGGAUUCACCAUCACCAUUCGAGAUAUUCGGGCGAGUGUUGGAGCCGGUUUCUUGUAUCCUCUGGUGGGGACGAUUUCCACUAUGCCUGGGUUGCCGACAAGACCCAUCUUUUUUGACAUCGACAUUGACGCAGUGACUGGUGAAAUCAGCGGACUCUCGUAAGAAGACUUCUAUUGUUCAAUGAGCUAAUUGAUAUUAUUUUACUACAUAUGAGUGGGUAAUUAUACAAGAAUCUCAAUUAAGUGAGAAGAUCA